UUUCAAAAAUGUGUUUGUAUUUUUUUGGAAAGUGAUAAAAAAUAUUUUUUGAGUGCUCAUUUUUUGUUGAAAAAUUUGAUUAUGCAUGCUGUAUAAAUAUUAUUACUGUAUCCUUAAAUGAUAAAGUACGAUUGGGUAAUUUUAAGAAGCAAAAAUAUGGAGAAAGGUUACAACAGAAAUGUUUAAACUAAUAUGUCAAUAUAUUAACCACUGGUCUUUUAAUUUUCACCAGCACACAUUUUAGAAUUUUUUUUUCUUCUUCUUAGCAUAAAUUAAAGGAUUUUUAUGCUCUUUCUGGUAGACUUCUCCAUAAUUCCUUCUAUUUUUAUCAAUCAAAUUAGUUUUAGCUUAUUGCUUUUAACCAGAUUAUAAAAAAAAUUAAUGUGUAUUUUAUAGUGGCAAAAUAGUGCAUCAUAUCAUUCUGUAUGCAAUUAAAAAGUUAACAUUUAUUGAGAGUAAAUGCUUUUUUAAAAAGUCACAUUUAACUUUUUUACACAUUUUUUACUUUAACUCAUUUCUGUAAACAAACUAAACUACAGAAACAAAAUUUAAAAUUUUGACUAUUUUUAUGAAAAAAAAAAUUCUGAUGGAGAAUUGAGGGGUAAAAAAAUCUGUUAAGGAAAGAAUAGGUAGUUUUCUUGAAUGUCAUUAAUGAAUAUUUAAUUUCAAUCAUUUCUAAAACUUAUGCUAUGCCAUUGCUCUAUUUUUAGGUGCUGUGAGGAGAAAUCCUUCGAUCCAAGACAUAGCAACAGACCAUGAAAUUGAAAAAUUACAUUAAUGGUGGAAGCUUGGAACAGCUUUUUCAGAACAAGCAUAUUGAGUUGUCAUGGGAGACAAGAAUUAAACUGCCAUUAGAUAUAGCUCAUGGCAUAUGUUACUUACAUUCACGUGGUGUUUUUCGCAGAGAUCUUACUUCAAAGAAUGUCCUCAUCAAAAUGAAUGAAGAUGAGAUGACCGCAGUUGUUGGGGAUUUUGGCUUAGCAGAGAAAAUACCAGAUUCAAGUUAAACUGUAACUGCCCACGAGCCUGUAUAUAUUUGAAUGUUUAUAGAACAUUAUUUUAAUAUAUUUUCUGUAUUAAUCUGUUAACUGGGUGAGAAACAAAAUAGCCAAACUUCAUUAAGACUUCAGCAAUAGAUUAUUCUUUUGAAAAAAUUGAA